AUGGACGAACUUGUCCCAAAUAUACUUAAGUGCGCACGAUGCGGACGUUUAGCAACACUGGUAUGCAAGGGUUGCAAAACAGAAGAUCCCACCUCCGGAGGGCUAGUGGCGACGACAAAGUACUGCAGUGCAUCCUGCCAGAAAGCUGACUGGCACCACCACAAAGCCUUGUGCAAGGCAAUCCAAGCAGUCCGCGAAUUCCAGUCCCUCCAACUCCAAAGACCCGAACUCCAAGGAUCCGACUUCCGAAGCGACGGAGUCCAAACGCGCGAACUCCAGUCCCGCGAACCCGAACCCAGCGAACCCCAUCCCCGCCAGGUCAACGCCGACGAAGCCCACAAAGCCCCUACCCAACCCGACAAUCCGGCCCAUCCCUGUGCCUCAUGCCAUCAUCUGACAACAGAAGCAUGCAAAGGAUGCGAAGCAGCGCCCUCCAGCACCGAAGGUCUCGUCGCGAGCACCUACUAUUGCAGCCCGACCUGCCAAACCGCCAACCGGUCCUUGCACGAAGCGGCGUGCACGGCCGCCCAAGCUCGGCGAAAGCUGUACGAAGCCGGGGAAGCGCUCCAGAAGGAAUACUACGGGUACUGUCAAACCCUAGUGAUGACAAUGCUAGAGAGCGGCAGCCUCAACCGCAACCACAUGAUACUGCACGAAUCGGACGCUGCGCCACGAACCACCGAUGCCAUCGCACUCCUGCAAACCAUGCCUGCGAACAGUGAAGACGAGCGAGCAUACCUAGCGUGUCUGAUCGGCAGCGGACAUACCGGAGAAAUGGGCAAGGCCGUGAAGGAGCAACUGAAAGACCUAGCCACCGAAAUCCGCCAAGUCACCCUCUCCCUCAAGACGCUGCGGCGCCGUUUCAUCCGGCAAGACUGGCAGGCGGCCAAAGACAAGCACCGCGUGCUGCACGUCUUCUUGAAGAACGGCGAGGACUACGCCCUGGACAUAUCGGGCGUGCAGUUCGGCCUGCGGAGCCCGGUUACGCCGUGGGGGCGGUACGUCGAGGAGCACGUUGGGCAGGUCGAGGGGUGGGAAGGCUAUGUAUGA